AUGGCUCCGAUCAGCCGACCAGAGAGGUCGGAUAGCAUCCCAAGAAACAGCCCAAGGUUGACAAUGAUGAUGCCCGACAUGAGACCCACUGAGAACGGACCUCCUCCCUCACAAUUAGACCAGCAUGCAAGGCAUCAGGAAAGACACUGGGAUGGUUCCAGGUAUUCUCGUGUCGUUGGCACUCCCCAAAGACUGCUGCCCAUCACUGUACGGAAUGACAUGCCGUCCUACAAUAGCCAUGUAUCCCAUCUGGAUGAGCCAUCCUGGAGUCCCUCAUCUGGAGGCCAACACCACCAGCACCCGCAAUCCCAGCCGCUACGGAGCUUAGAGAACAUGACACGCUCUCCAUUACUGGAUAGACCGAGGGUUGUGCGAGUCGCCCAGCCUGGCCAGGCCGACCCUGAGCAGCGAUAUAUCCACCAUACGGGAGAGCAUCACAACAGGGAGCGAGGCGUAGUAUCAUCAUCCUCUCACCAGUCAGCUAUGGCUGCGACUAACCUAGCAGAUGCACCAAGGAGGAUAACUUCACGGUAUCCGUACCCUGACAACCCAGCAAUAGUGAUCCGACAGAGACAUAGCCUGAAUCCCCGUCUGGUCGCCUAUCCUGCGGAUACCGACAACCAUUUGGCGCAGGUUCGCGUAUAUGAUCGGCCUGUGGAAACUCGGACUUCUUUGGUAUGUAAUUACAAGGGGAGUCAAACGAAGAAGCGAGACGACCUGAUUCCCCCCUCCUUAUUGAUUCACCUUUCUUUCUAUCCCACGCUUUGGAGAUCUUCCCUAGGAUCCUCUUUUCUUUUUGAACCUCCCUGUCCUGUGUCCCUUGUAAUAUCCGUGCUGACCAAGUUAUAUCUUGUAAUGACAAAACAGACUCAGAUGGAGGAUGGCCGGCAUAAUCAUCAUCAUCAUCAUCGUCAUCAUCAUCCAGCAGGGACGACACCCUUGGAAAACUGGAAGCCUGCUCUCAUGCCGGACAGCGGCAGCAGGAACCGCCAUGGCUAUGCCUAUGUCGAGAAACAGCCCUAUUCAUAUAUAGUGGACAGUGAUCGGCCACCCGGGCCAGCGCCAGCACCGGUACAGGCAGCUGCUGGAUCCUACUACCCUAGUGCUACCUCCGCUUUCCGGUCUUAUCGAUCUCCUCCACCGCCGACGUCGAUACGCAGCUCCGAGUCGUCGGCCAUGACCUCUACGCUCACUCGCACCUGGACCGCGCCCGAGCUGGGCCCUUCAAACGGCCCCAUCCGCAGCCAGCAGCCAUACACUCACCGGCCGUUCCUGUAG